UUCCGAAAGGAACUUGGAGUAGCAAGUCUCGUAUGAUGAUUACCAUAUCUUACUCCUCUUCAGCCCCAGCUUCGUUGAGGGGAAGGUUGGGGAACAGGUUUAGAGUUAUUUUCCAUGAGCCAAAGCCAACCGUCUUUGCUACGUCGCCUGCGUAGCCCACAAAUUGAUUCCAAAGCGAUUACGCUAAUGGCGUGAGGGGGCCGGUCAGUGGGUGGUGCUACGCUAGCAGCGUUAGCACCGCUGAGGUUGUGGCGUAUCUUAGUGGGGGGCCGUCCCCGAUAGUCGGGGGCGGGGUUGGUGAAUAGGGAAGUGGCGCAAAUUCGUGGAUCGCUCCGCUGAAUCCGCCCGCGCGUCGCCGCCGUCGCCGCCGCCCCCCGUCCCGGCCCCCCCGGGUUCCCUCAGCCCAGCCCGGUCCAGCCCGGUUCCCGGGAGGAUGAAGUUCGUGUACAAAGAAGAGCAUCCGUUCGAGAAACGCCGCUCUGAGGGCGAGAAAAUCCGAAAGAAAUACCCGGACCGGGUGCCGGUGAUAGUAGAAAAGGCUCCCAAAGCUCGGAUAGGAGACCUGGACAAAAAGAAAUACCUGGUGCCUUCUGAUCUCACAGUUGGUCAGUUCUACUUCUUGAUCCGGAAGCGAAUUCAUCUCCGAGCUGAGGAUGCCUUGUUUUUCUUUGUCAACAAUGUCAUUCCACCCACCAGUGCCACAAUGGGUCAGCUCUACCAGGAACACCAUGAAGAAGACUUCUUUCUCUACAUUGCCUACAGUGAUGAAAGUGUCUACGGUCUGUGAAGCUGCUGUCCCUGAGCUGGAGGGGGGCCUUGUUCUACAAAGAGAGAGGUGGCCCCCUUUUCUUGACCUCCUCCUCCUUCAAGCUCAAACACCACCUCCAUUAUUCAGGACGGGCACUUCUUAAUGUUUGAGGCUUUCUCUCCAGCCUCUCUUAGGAGGGGUAAUGGUGGAGUUGGCAUCUUGUACCUCUCCUUUCUCCUUUCUUCCCCUUUCUCUGCCUGCCUUUCCCAUCCUGCUUUAGACUUCUUGAUUGUCAGUCUCUGUCACAUCCAGUGAUUGUUUUGGUUUCUGUUCCCUUUCUGACUGCCCAGGGGGCUCAGAACCCCAGCAAUCCCUUCCUUUCACUACCUUCUUUUUUGGGGGUAGUUGGAAGGGACUGAAAUUGUGGGGGGAAAGGUAGGAGGCACAUCAAUAAAGAGGAAACCACCAAGUUGAACUGAA